AGAAUGCUAGCCCACUAUGUGACCACAGAGUGAGCUCAGUGAAUUGUGGAAAGCAUAUUGUUUCUCCACAUCUCUCCCUCUCUCUUUCACUCUUCCACAUGGGAUCCUAAAAGACUGGACUAUUUUUUCUUUGGACAUCCUCCUCCUGCUUUGGGAUUUAACUGAGAGUAGAGCAAGCUUUCUUUCUUUUUCUUUCCUGAAUUUUUUUUUAAUCUUCUGGGGAUUACCACAGAAAUACCUCCUGUGUGUGUUAUAGCGUGAGUGUGUGUGAGUGUGUGUGUCCUGUGCCAUGCCCACCCCUGGUCGCUUUGGGACUAACGGCAGUGGAUCAGCAUGAAGGGGGGUCACCAUCAGCGGGGGUGCGGGUGUCAGCACCUGUUCCGAAAAGUACUGGCUAAGUGUGGCUGCUGCUACGCCCGAGUUCGAGAGUCGUACUCUGUGGCCGGCAGUGAGGGCAGCAUCACUCCAUCCGUAGGCUCUGUGGCCAACCAGGCCUCUGGCAUCUCCAGCCCCUGCUCGCCCUCCUCCCCUGGGGAGUCACGGCACUCCGUCAGUGCCCUGAAGAAGUGGCUCACCAACCCCAUCCGCAAGCUGAGCGUGGGGGGAGGAGGAGGAGUGAAAGGAGGAGGGGGAUGCAAGGAUGACAGGCAGGUUCACAGGCUGGAUGGGAAGCAUCCCUCUCCCCUCCUCCCUAACGGCCAAGCCCUUGGAAGGCCUCUGGAGCAGGGGGAGAACUACACAAUCCUCCCCUGCACUGAUGUGGACUUGGGGAAUGACGGCCUGGUGAGUCCAGCGAUGUACUCUCCAACACACCCUCUCUGUCACAGCUACCUAUCUGACCUACUACAGGACAGGGAUACACACAGUCUGAGCCAUCAUUAUUCCACUAUUCUCCCAGAAGAAGAAGAUGGCUCCUCCCUGAUUGAUGACUCGACCAGCCAAUGGUCAGCCACCAUGGACAGUGAGGAGGACAGGAGGAGUGCCUUAGAGAAGAGCAUAUAUGUGCUGACAGAGCUGAUAGAGACAGAGAAGUUGUAUGUGGACGACCUGGGCCUCAUAGUAGAGGGCUACAUGGCCAGCAUGGCCACUCAAGGGAUUCCAGAGGACAUGAAGGGCAAAGACAAGAUUGUGUUCGGGAACAUCCACCAGAUCUAUGACUGGCAUAAAGACUAUCUCCUGGGGGAGCUGGAGAAGUGUGUGUCAGAGCCCGACAGACUGGCCCAACUCUUCAUCAAGCAUGAGCGGCGUCUCCACAUGUACGUAGUGUACUGUCAGAACAAGCCCAAGUCAGAGCACAUUGUCUCAGAGUAUAUCGAGACCUACUUCGAGGAGCUGAGGCAGCAGCUGGGCCACAGACUACAACUCAAUGACCUGCUCAUCAAACCAGUACAGAGGAUCAUGAAAUAUCAACUACUGCUCAAGGACUUCCUGAAGUACUACACCAAAGCAGGAAGGGAUACCUCAGAGCUGGAGAGAGCGGUGGAGGUGACGUGUUUCGUGCCCAAGCGCUGUAAUGAUAUGAUGAAUGUGGGCAGGCUGCAGGGCUUUGAGGGGAAGAUCACAGCCCAGGGGAAGCUGCUCCAGCAGGACACCUUUACAGUCUGUGAGCAGGACAGCAGCUUCCUGACCCGCGCCAAGGAGAGGCGUGUCUUCCUGUUUGAACAGCUGGUCAUUAUCAGUGAGCCAAUCGACAGGAAAAAGGGCUUCUCUCUGCCAGGGUACACCUUUAAAAACAGCAUCAAGCUCAGUUGUCUGGGUGUGGAGGACCACUGUGAGGAGGACCCAUGUCGUCUGGUCCUGACGUCCCGCGGGCCUGAUGGGAGCGUGACACGCUUCGUCCUCCAGGCAUCGUCCCCUGAGACGCGAAGGGCCUGGGUCAACGACGUGGUCCAGAUCCUGGAGACACAGAGGAACUUCCUCAACGCUCUCCAGUCUCCUAUAGAGUACCAGCGAAGGGAGUCGAACAGCCUGGGACGAGCCAUGAGGGCACCCGUGGCAACAACCUCUGGCCUGCGACCCCACUCCUCGGCCUCCAUUGACCGCCACCGGCUACCUUACCUGCACUCCUACAACACCUCUCUGCCCUCCCUGCACCUGCCCAGCCAGGGACCCACUGCAGACACACAGUCCCCACUGUACCUUAGCCCUGCAACACCCCGUCCCUCUCACCUCCCUCUGAAGCUCACCAUGUCCCAAGAGGCCAGGCACUUCCAGGGGGUGUCCAACGGCCUGUGCCCCCCUACCCAGCACAGCUUACAGGGUGGUACUGUCUGUUACCAUGGAGCCAUGCCGGGGGAGGGAGGGACUUACGCAUCGCAUCGCUCAGGCAACCUGGAUCAGCUAACUGAACUCUCUCUGCAUGAGCAUGAGUGCUGAUAACCUUUGACUUCACAGCCUGAAUGAAGGGGUGUAGGGUGAAGUUGCCCCUAGACGCUGAUCUUAGGUCAGCUUAGAAUUUCCCCCAGGUUUGGGGGAUGAGGAAGCUGAUCCUAGAUCUGUAGCUAGUGUAACCUUCAGUCUAUAGCGAAUGAGAGGCAGGCUGAUAGAGCCCUGGUUAACCUGGCUCCACUCAGGAUAGGCAGGGGGCCUAGGGAGGGGUUAGUUCAGACAGUUUCACUAUCACAACUCUUGUGAUUACCCUAAUAACAUUAUAUUAGGAUUACUAUGGUAUCUCUAGCUUCUAAUUAUGAUUUUUUUUGUUGGUAUUUCUGUCAUAUUACAUUUUCUACUAUUUUGAAACCUGUACUUACUAUUGUGAUGUGAGAAGUGAAGCAGAAAUGCAGCCCUCUGGUGAGAGAAAAGGAAAAGUAGCCAUGGUCUGUCUCUGUCUCUGGUGGAAUGCAUCUGCGUUGCAACGGUUGCUAUUCACACUGCAAACCGUUUCUACAGUACAGUACCACUCAUAUGGUGACACGCUUAACACCAUUUGUUUUUGUAUAGAAAUAGACAUUUGGGAACUACCACUUAAGGCGCCAGCCCUUUCAUGUUGCUUUUUCUUAAACACGGGGACCAUAUUAACAUUAUACUACUGCUACGUGUGACAGAUUUGAUCACUUUGCACAACAAGGAAAGUAAAACAGCAGUGGGGAGGUAAUGCCAUAUAUAUUCUCUGUCCCUCUUCCUAAAUAGCUACCCUCCUAUUCUGAAUUCAUCCUCACCACCAUUUCAUAAAGCAGCCUUUGGGUCAAGAGUGUUGACAUUGUGGGCCGGAGAACUAUUUGAGCUUGAUUGUGGGACUGAAUUUGUCCAGGGCUUGAGCAGUCAUGACUGUCUACUCCAUCCAUUAUUACUGUGUUGCUCGGUUUGCAUACUUUUCCCUUCAUUUAAGGGGCCACUUUAACCCUGCCAUUGUUCCAACGUUAUCUGAAGAAAACACACGUAAACUCACACAAAGCCCACUCCAAACUCUGAAGGAGAGGAAAAGGGGACACCGAUAGAGGGCGUGCUCAUCUGUCAGUGUCAUCAUGAAUGUAAAUAAUCUGCUGUGAGAUCAUAUCAAUAAACAACGUUUAUGAAAAACUG